CAACAUGUCCGCUCAUGCAUGGCAUUUCUCUUCACAAACAAACAAGCAAGAAGCUCGGAAAACACCACAACAGCGAUGAGCACGGUGGGCGGUGCUGCAGGCACGUGUGGUCGCCAGCUGCUGGAGGGUGUGCUGGCACAGGAUGUUGUGCGGGUGGACAGCCUGCUGGGCCGGGCAACAAAGACCGACGUGAACACAAAGGACAACGAAGGCACAUCCUGUCUGCAUCACGCAGCUCUCCUCGGCAACUCCGCACUCGUUGAUCUGCUGCUGUCUGCUGGUGCAGCCGUCAACGCACAGGAUGCCAAGGAGAUGACGCCACUGCACCUUGCCGCGUGGGGAGGACACACUGCGGUCUUGUCGCAGUUGCUGAACGCGGGCGCCUCUGCCUCAUCUCAAUCAGCAAAUGGAGACACGCCGCUGCACCUCGCAUGCCAGCAAGGAUCCACGGAAGCGGUGAAGCAGCUAGUCGACUUUGGCGCCAACUUGACCGCUGGGAACGACGCCAACGUCACGCCACUCAUGGUUGCAUGCGAGCGGGGGCGUGCCCCAAUUGUGGAGCAGUUUCUACAGCUGCAGAAGACCUUUGGGCACUCUGUUGUGCACGUGCAACUGUGGAAGGAGAGAACCAGCGUCUUUGAGCCAUCAAGCGACAGCCACCCACCACAGCCCCGGGACGUUGCGUUCAUCAUGCGCGCCGUUGAGCGCGAUCACGCCCACAUCAUCCACCUCCUCGCUGACUACGGCAUUGACUUGUGCUUUCCGCCCAAGAAUCCCCCAAUCGUUCGCGCAGCCCUCCUCAGGAAACCGUGGGCGCUGCAUGCCCUGCUGCAACACGACGGCCUCAGAACCCUCGACCUUAGCAAGGACGAGAGAGCGCAGGUGACGGCGCUGACGGGGGAGCUUGAGGACACACGCGCCCCUGUGCCAGUGCUGCUGAAGCUGUGUGCAAUUCUUCAGUCGAAGAGCGACUUGCACACGAGCGUGGAGGAUGCAGCAGGCGUAAAACAGCAGCAGCAGCAGCAGCAGCAGCAGCAGCACAUGAAAGGGUACAUGGUUGUGCCGUGUGUUGAGGUGGUCUUCAGCAGCGACGACGAAGAUGAGGAGGAAGAGGGGGACGAAGAUCGAGAAGAGGAAGAUGCACAAGUACAUAGCGAUGGUGGGGCGGAGGAUACAGGAGGCAACCACGAUGAUCGUGAUGGCAAGCUGGGUGAUGCUGCUUCUGACGAGGGCCUCACCCCAGCGCAGGGUGAAUCUGCACCAGCACCAACAGCCAUGGAACCCGACGCCACGACCACACCAACAGCCACCACAACAGCGACGAGUGAAGUGCGCAUGCGGAAGAAAGGGCGCAAAGCGCCACGUGCUGCUGACAACCGACAGUCGUUUCUCGCACCGAGCUCGACCCACCACGAUGACGCCGGCGUUCGGGUCCGCCAGCGGUCGUCGUCCAUUGGAUCUGCGCGCGUGUCCGCACACGUGCGUGCAUCCCACAUCUUCCCGCCGUCGCAGGCGCAGCGCGCAUCACGCAUGUGUGACGUCCUCACACUUGAUCUCCCAGCACCGCCGCCGCCAGCAUCGUCAUCGUCUUCUUCGUCUUCAGCGCCGCGUGCGUCGCAUUCGCACACCGCAGCACCAGCGGCACUGGACAUCCCGCCACCGCCUUCAAAGCCGUCGCCACAAACACCAAUCUCGUCCACGGAUGCGCGAAAGCCAUCGGCCAGCUUGUUUGCCAUCACGCCCAGUGUCACUGAAGGCAUGCAAGCCAACCCGCACCACCGUCACCGCCACCUCCCCGGCCGUGUUGGCGCUGCCAUUGGCGGGUCUGUGCUGCCCGACAGCAUAAUUGAGGGGUCACUGUACAAGCGUCCACGCGGGCGCACGAAUCGCAUUGCAAUCGCAGGACGGCUGCGACACCGCUGGUUCGUUCUCACAGAGGCCGCGCUCUCAUACUACGAAUACGACGGAAAGAAGGCUGGGAAGCUGAAAGGGUACAUACCGCUGUACUCGAUAUUGGGUGCGCAGGCCAGCCCGGCGGACGAGAGGGAGUUUAUGGUGCUGCACGACACAGCGAUUCUGCGAUGUAUCUCCGCCUGCAAGGAGGAACGCGAAUCCUGGAUGACAAACAUCAACCGCACCUGUCUUCGCGUGCAGCAGGAAUCAAAGCAGCAGGUGUGGUGACACGAGCGAUUUCUUGGCAACCCCAUGCAUGUACAUCACUGUCCUCCACCCACACGUGCAUGCACCACCACAGAGAGCGUGACGUUGCCUGAUCCUUGACAACCUCUCACAUGCACACCACCACCACCACCACCACCUGCUCACUGUCGUUCCCUCAGGCUGUUCCCGCUGUGCUUGUUCGAGACCUUGGGCUACAGGCCCCAGAAGCAUAAACGAAGUGUCACACGCAUUACAUUCUGUCACGCCA